AUGCAAGCAGCCAGAUCACCAGUAGCAGCAGCUGCAGAAGCAAGGCAUGCCCCGCAGCAGCCCCUGGAAGUACCGGCAGAAUUGAUUGAUCUUGCGCACCGGUUAGCCGACGCCGCAGCUGAGGUUACCACCAAGUACUUCAGGCGAGGCUUGCUUCGCCAUAUUUCCAUUUCGAAGUCAGAUGCCAGCCCAGUGACUGAGGCAGACCGGCAGGCUGAGGAGGCCAUGAGGGCGCUGCUGACUCAGAACGUGCCGACGCAUGCGAUAUUUGGGGAGGAGGGGGGCAUGCAGGCUGGCGAGCCUGAAGAGGACGGCAGCGACAGCGGCUUCCUCUGGGUCCUAGACCCCAUCGACGGCACCAAGAGCUUCAUCACAGGCGAGCACACAUCACCGCUGCACUUACAGAUUUCCAAUUUGAAUUCAAUUUUGCAAAUUAAGAAGCCGGUGUUUGGCACGCUGAUAGCACUGCUGAAGGAAGGUGUGCCAAUUCUGGGAGUGUUGGACCAGCCCAUCACAAAGGAGAGAUGGGUCGGAGCCAGCGGCCAGCAGACAACCCUGAAUGCAGGGCAGCCGCUGCAGACAAGAUCGUGCAGGGACAUCUCUGGCGCAUACCUGUAUGCGACGACGCCCCACAUGUUCAGCGGAGAGAACGAGGCCGCCUUCAACCGUGUCAGGGACAAUGUGCGCAUACCGCUGUAUGGCUGCGACUGCUACGCGUAUGGUUUACUGGCGGCCGGAUUCUGUGAUCUAGUGGUGGAAGCUGACAUGAAGCCUUAUGACUUCCUGGCGCUCGUGCCCAUUGUGGAGGGGGCCGGCGGCGUUAUGACUGACUGGAGGGGGCAACACUUGAGAUGGGCGGUGACUCCGUCUCAUGGGUACGCGGUGGACGCAUCGCUCCCCGGAGAGGUCAUUGCGGCAGGGGAUGCGCAGGUUCACAGGCAGGCACUGGAGCUGCUGGACUGGACAGAGCCUGACAUUGCUGAUGAGGGCGGUGUCGAUGUGGCUUACCAGACAGCAUGA